AUGGCUGAAAAAAUGGAUAAAACUGUGGAUUGGGAUUCAAAGGAUCCUUCGGCAACUAAUGCCGGAAAAUCUCUAAUAAUGACUAGUAUGGAAGCAAUUAUCAGUGAUGCAAUCAAGAAGGUUGUCGAUUUAAGCUACGAGCAAGAAAUGACUGACAUGGCCGAUUCAAGAAAGUCGUUAUACGCAACUAUUGUUAAUGGCACACUGAAGAAUUUGAAGGGAGCAGUUUCUGAAACUUCUGCCAACUUUGUAUUUCAAAAUUUACGGCAAUUACUGCAGUUUACACUAGAAGAAAUGAGCGGCAAACUUCUCGAACAAAGUCUUUCCACAACAUUGAAUGAAGCAAUGGAGUCGCUGACACGUGACUUAAAUGUUGCACGGGUCAUCAGAGAAGAAGAUAAACCAAGGUGCAUUGUUUCUUGCGAGCCAAGCCAUGUCCCACAAGAUGAUAACGAAGAACAAAUGUCGAAAUUAACAUCUCUAGGUCAAGAAUUGUUGGAUGAGGUACAAAGUUGGAAUAACUUGGCUAACAAGAAACUCAUGCAGGUAACUGAUAAGCUUCACAAGUUUCAGGCUGAAUCUAAAUCUCUGAAAGAAAAAGCGGAAAUAUAUAGAAAUGAAAGGAAAGCUUUAGAGAGGGUCAUGGAAGAUAAUAAAAGGAAAUUUGGGAAUGCCAUAGAUGAUAAUAAAAGGAAACUUGGGAGUUGUGCUUCUUCCAUACUAAUUCUAGAGACGAAAAAGUUGUGGUUAGAGAAGACGCGAGAGGUUGCUGAGUCAUUGGCUGAAAAGGCAAAGGCAGAAAAUGAACUAGUACAAGCAAAAAAUCAGGAAAAUAUUCAAGAGGCCAAAUCAUUAGCAGCAAAAAAGGUUUGCAUGGAACAUGAAAUUGAGGAAGCGAUUAAGCAACGUAACGAUUUCAAUUUCAAUGCUCCGUUUUGGGUUAAAAUGAAAAAGAAAAGAGAUAAGGAAAUAAAGAAAAUGCAUGGAAAAACACAAGCUGCAUUACUUAUAUCAGAAAGGGACAGUGAGUUGGAGAAUAUCAUGAAGACAGAACGUGAAUUGCUGGAUACCGCUAUUAGCCGUGCUGGUGCUUAUAUUGAGAAGUGGAAUUCGGAUAUACGUGCUCGUCAAGAAAAGUUAAAGAUACCGUGUCAACAAGCACAGGACAGAGAGGAUAAGGCUAUUCAAGAAGCUGAAUCAUUGGCAAAGAAGAUAGAUUUGGUUCAAGAGGAACUUGAGAAUGAGAAGCUGAAACUAUCUAAGCUGCACGAGAAGAUAGAAAAAGACGAAAAUCAACUAUUCUAUGCUGAGGCUAAAGUGAAAGAGGAGAGAGCUAAAACAGAAAACUUUAUUGCAUUGGCUUCAUUCAUUGUAAAAGACAGAGAAAAGUGUGAAGCACUCAUGAAGGCUGAAGUCGAUGCCAUUGGAAAGAGGGCAGCUAGUGGAAUACAGGAAUAUGUGGAAAGCAUUGUAAAGAUAGAGAAGGAGAUGGAUAUGCUGAUGAUUAAGACUAAAAUUUAA